AGCUUCCGUCGCUGAAGCUGGAAGCUAGUGGCGAGUUGCUAAUGCUGCGAAGAAGCGACUUGGUUGAAGGAUUUAUCAUCAUGAGUUAUGCAGAGAAACCAGACGACAUAACGAGGGACGAAUGGAUGGAUAAACUCAACAAUGUCCACAUUCAGAGAGCUGAUAUGAACAGACUUAUUAUGAACUAUUUGGUGACAGAGGGAUUCAAGGAGGCGGCGGAGAAGUUUAGAAUGGAGUCUGGGAUUGAGCCAAGUGUGGAUUUGGAAUCGCUUGAUGAGAGAAUAAAGAUUAGAGAAAUGAUCCUGAAGGGGCAGAUCCAGGAUGCCAUUGCGCUCAUCAACAGUCUGCAUCCGGAACUGCUGGAUACCAAUCGCUACCUUUACUUUCACUUGCAGCAACAGCAUCUUAUUGAGCUCAUUCGCUUGAGGGAGACGGAAGCUGCCCUUGAAUUUGCUCAGUCCCAGUUAGCGGAGCAAGGGGAGGAGAGCCGAGAAUGUCUGACUGAGAUGGAAAGGACGCUGGCCCUGCUGGCGUUCGAUAACCCUGAAGAGUCACCUUUUGGAGAUCUGCUCAAUAUGAUGCAGAGACAAAAGGUGUGGAGCGAAGUGAACCAAUCUGUACUCGACUAUGAAAAUCGUGAGUCAACACCCAAGUUGGCCAAGCUCCUGAAGCUGCUGCUGUGGGCUCAAAAUGAACUCGAUCAAAAGAAAGUCAAGUAUCCCAAAAUGACAGACCUCAGUAAGGGGACCAUCGAGGAACCAAAAUAAUGAAAGGAUAAAAUGGACAGGUUUCCAGUAUCUAUUUGUACCAUAAAGAAAUGAGAGAUCAUUUUUGUCCUCCUAAAGAUUUCCCUUUUAUUAGGAUGAACUUGGUUGAUACUGUUUUAAAAUGACCUCACUCAAUGGAAUAUGUUAUUUGACCUGGUGUUAUCAUUUCGCUAUACUGAAUGAAACCAGUAUUUUCUUUUUCAUAUUUACUUGUACACUAGUUUUUUUUUCUGUCUGUUGGCAGGGAAAGUUGGUAUUGGAAGGUGAAUAAAGCCUAAAUUAGGCUGUCAGUCUAUGCGUGACCGACCGCAUGCUUCUAGUGAAAAAGAUUAGCUGUGUGCAUGUCAAUAAAAGCUUCCACAUGUCAGCAAGUGAACAACAUGAGACACAAUAAGACACUUGGGGAUGAUUCGAAAUACUUUGUUGACUGUAACUUUCCCGUUAAUGGCUGCAAAAGUAAAGGCAAAUGCAGAUACAAAGACACAUGGAUGGUAUUAUGUACAUGAUAGAAAUAAGCUUCUCUUUUACUAUAUCUGCUGUGCUUCCAUUCACUGUUAUUUUAUUUUGCAAUAAAUGCAAGUUUUACAAUUUUACCAAA